UGCCCCCGUGUCGCCAGCCCGAGCAGCGGGGUCUGGGUGCGCCUGUGGCUUCCAGCUCUUGCCUCUGCUUUGUGCUGACAGAGGGGCUCUGUUGGCAUUUCUCGAGCACUCUGGGUGAUGUGGGGGCAGCCAGCUGGACACCAGGACCUGGCUGCCCUGUGGAGGGCAAGUCUAGACUUUGAGGUCUUGGUGGCCCUGGGAAUGCCCACUCCCGGACUGCACUGGGCUGCUUGUCCCAUCCCCAGGGCAGCAUCCCAGGCUUCAGAGGAGGAGAAGCAAAGCCCCGAGACACUUGGCAUCAGCUGGGCGUGGCCACAGGCCCUGACCACAUGCAGGACUGUAUGUGGUUGGUUGGUUUUGGAACACUUUUUCAAACUAGGAAAUCCUUUAUCCUUUUCUCUUUAUGCAAAAGUAACGUGUUCUAAAAAAAAACUACGUGGUCAGAAAUGCAAGCAGAGGGAGUCCCUGUGCUCCCCAGGCACUGGUAUGCGCUGCAGCUCAUGGUGCGGGUGGUGUCUGCACGUGCCCAGCACACACUUUCCUGUCGUCUUCCUCCUGUUCUUGUCAGCAUCCGUGGCGUCUGACCUGGAGGAGGGCCAAGGGGGACGGUCAAGGCCAGGCCCUCACGGUGGCUCCGCUUGCCCUGGACGUGCUGUUCUCCGCUUGAGGACAGGACACCGCGUGGAUGCGCCCUCAGCUCCUGGCAGCUCAAAGCUGGGGGGUUGGUCCCAGUGGGGAUCGGUCCUGGCACCUGGGAUGGGAGAGGCUUGAAGGGGCCCCAGCCUCUUAGACUCGGGCUGUCCCUCGCCCCUCUCCAGCUGGUGCCAGGGCUGCAGGGACAGAGGACAAGGGUGAGGGGCUUGUGAGGGAUGGGAGGGCAGCUCACCUGUGCAGUGGGGAGGGCUGGGCAGUACCACCCCACCCGGACGGGACCCCGUGACCCGCAGUCAUCCCCAUGUAUUUGUGGGGGACCUGCCCUUUUCAGUGAAGCUGUUAGGGGUGGCAUUCAUGUUUGCAGAGAAGGCGAGGCCCUGUUGCCAUGCACGGUCCCCACAGAUUGUGGGGCAUCCACCUGCUGCACAUGUGCUAGGCAUUUUUUUGCACGUUGUUCCCUCCUAGCCUCUUAGAUCUUGCUGGGGCCGGUGGUGUUUCUACCCCUCAGGAGAGGUGGAUGUCACCGCAGGCUGCCGUGGACCCUGUGGCCUGGAGUGACCACAGGCAUUCAGUGAGUGUGUGUUGGCCCUGGGCAUUCUGCCGAAAGGACAUGGUCUGGGAUCCCCCCGCAGUGCAGACGCGCUUGGGCUGGUCUGGCGUGUGGCCAAACCAGGAAGCCACUCAGCCCACCUGGCUCAGGUGCAUGGCCCCCGCUGCCCCGGGCCAGCUUCUGGGCCAUGCUUGGUGUUUAUCCCAAGCCUGGGGAUGCAUCCCGUGUCUGUGGCUAGAGCUGGCUUCCUGCUCAGCCGCAGUUCGGAGCCCGAGCACCUCCCUGCAGUGAGCUGUGCCUGUCAGCCCUCGGGCUUGAGGAGGGUGGCCUGCGUUUCCGCCUGGCCAUGGGCCCCUCCUGUGGGCCCCUCCUCCCCAGGCAGUUUCACCUCCUGGCUCCCUGGGCUGUGCAGCAGCCGCACUUGAUGCUGGGUACCCACGCCUCCCCCACACCCCACUCUCUGGGGGCUUAUGGUGCCCUGGCUUCUGGGCACUGGGAGGUGGCAGGAGUGCUGUGUGUCCUUCCCUCCAAGAACUCCCGGGCCCCUUGUGCAGGGAGCGGCUGCAGCGGCCGCAGCAGGGCUGCGCGGCCUUGGUGUGUGUUCAGCAGCAGUCUGAGUGCUUCUUGUGGGUUUGACUCCUCUGACCUCAGAGAACCCCAUGGGGACUUGGGAACAGGAUCGCAUGGCAGGUGAGGGGCAGAGCUGCAGUUGGGACUGGGAGGUGGGCCCCAGUGUCUGCUCUGCAGUCCUGAGCUGCUCGAGGGGAGCACUCCAGGCUCAGGCGGCUGUCUGGUAGCAGAGGUGCAGCCUCGUCUCCAUUAGCAUGAGCUGGCAUGGCUGCCCGCCCCGCUGAGCUGCUGGCUGGGGCCGUGGCACCCUGCCAACUGGGCCACUGCCCUGAGGAGCAGAGAGGACAGAAGGACGGGAGCUGUGGGCGUCCCAGGAUAACAGGCGGGACACCUGGUGGGCACCCCUCGAAUGAAGGGCUGGUGAGCGGGGCAGGUUUGCCUGGUGGGUGGGAUUCUCUCCUGAACCCUUUCCCCUCAGGAUUGGACUGUGGGGAGAGCAGCGUGCUGGUCUCUGCCCAACACCCAGCGUAGGAAAGCCCUGCUACCGUGGUGUGGACAUGCCUGCCCCAGCAGAUGGCAAGCCCCCAGCGGGAUGUUGACCAGCUCACAGACCCGCUUCGGCGGGUCGUGGAGUAGCGGGUCCAGCGAGCCAUAUGCGCUGCUCUGUUCUCCCCAAAGUUGUCCAUCCCUGCAUGCAGGGGACACUGCUGCCCGCCCUGGCCCAUCUGGACAUUGUGACAGUCCACAUGAAACCUAAAGUGUAGCCCAGUGCGCAUGUGCGGCCCAGCGUCCAGGCUCUGCUUGCAGCCUCCAGGCCUCUCUGUGCCCUCUGAGGAGAUAGGGCUGCUGGCUUCCUCCUGGAGGCAGUGAGCGUGAUGGUGGGGGCGGCCUGCUCACCGUUCUGUGGUGCAGCGGUCCUCUGCGCGCUCAGUCACCUCCCGGGGACACUUGGCUGCAGAGGCCUCUCCCGGCCGCGCAGAGGUCAGCAGCAGCCCACUCCUGAGCGCGCAGGAUCAGGGCUGCGCCUCCCGCCCUCCUGAUUGGCUGAGGGCCAGGCGUGUCACAGCCUGGCCGCAAUCACAAAGCCAGAGCUGGUUCUCACAGUUACCCUGGAACCCUUAUUGUGGCGGCCCAGUGCCAGAGGGCUCAGCUCCGCACACUUCCUGGCUGCCUGGCUGGGCUCUGUUGGGUUGAUGUAGCUCUCUACAUGCAAAUCAUUCCCUAAAAAUUGCCACAGUCAAGAAGAGUGUAGAGUCAGCCCUUGCAGGCAGCAGUCAGUGCGCAGUGAGCUGACCGUGGCCCAGUCCUUACCCGCCUACCCCCCCGCGCUUGAUCUGUGCCUGGACGGCUGCCUUCCCACCCCUGUGCUCCCACCUGCCCGGGUGGCACGUGCUCACGUUAACCUCUGUCCCCAGCUCGAGAGCAGUUGGAGCGGUUCUGUGGCAGGAGCUGCCUGGUUGGGCCCGGAAAUGGGAUGUGCAGGGAGCACAGAGGAAACCAGGGCCUCCCCGAGCCGCUGCUGUGACGGCCAGUGAGCGAGCCGCGGAGGAUGUCCACCACAACCACGGCCGCCCCCGCCGGACUCCCGGCGGCCCCAGGCCCCGCAAACCCACCCCCACCUGAGGUCUCCAACCCCGCCAAGCCCGGCCGCAAGACCAACCAGCUGCAGUACAUGCAGAACGUGGUAGUGAAGACGCUCUGGAAACACCAGUUCGCCUGGCCCUUCUACCAGCCUGUGGACGCCAUCAAGCUGAACCUGCCUGAUUAUCACAAAAUAAUAAAAAACCCAAUGGACAUGGGGACUAUUAAGAAGAGACUAGAGAACAAUUAUUAUUGGAGUGCAAGUGAAUGUAUGCAGGACUUCAACACCAUGUUUACGAAUUGUUAUAUUUAUAACAAGCCCACAGAUGACAUAGUGCUGAUGGCCCAAGCCUUAGAGAAAAUGUUUCUGCAGAAAGUGGCCCAGAUGCCUCAGGAGGAAGCUGAAUUGUUACCCCCUGCUCCGAAGGGCAAAGGCCGAAAACCGGCUGCAGGGACCCAGAGUGCAGGUAAAGGGGUAGGUACGCAGCAAGUGGCGGCCGUGUCCUCUGUCUCCCCAGCGACCCCCUUUCAGAACGUCCUCCCCACUGUCUCCCAGACACCUGUCAUUGCUGCCACCCCUGUGCCAACCAUCACUGCGAACGUCACGCCGGUUCCUGUUCCCCCGGCCGCUGCUCCGGCUCCUCCCAUGGCGCCCGUCAUCCCCGUGGUCCCUCCCACACCGCCUGUCGUCAAGAAAAAGGGCGUGAAGCGGAAAGCAGACACCACCACGCCAACGACAUCCGCCAUCACUGCGAGCCGGGGCGAGUCGCCCCCGCCGUUGUCAGAUCCCAAGCAGGCCAAGGUGGUGGCGCGGCGGGAGAGCGGGGGCCGCCCCAUCAAGCCCCCCAAGAAGGACCUGGAGGACGGUGAGGUGCCCCAGCAUGCGGGCAAGAAGGGAAAGCUGUCGGAGCACCUGCGGCACUGUGACAGCAUCCUCAAGGAGAUGCUGUCCAAGAAGCACGCAGCCUACGCCUGGCCCUUCUACAAGCCGGUGGACGCCGAGGCCCUGGAGUUGCACGACUACCACGACAUCAUCAAGCACCCGAUGGACCUGAGCACCGUCAAGAAGAAGAUGGACGGCCGGGAGUACCCAGACGCGCAGGGCUUUGCUGCGGACAUCCGGUUGAUGUUUUCCAAUUGUUACAAAUACAACCCCCCGGACCAUGAGGUGGUGGCCAUGGCCAGGAAGCUUCAGGACGUGUUUGAGAUGCGGUUUGCCAAGAUGCCGGAUGAGCCGGCAGAGGUGCCGGCGCUGCCCGCUCCCGCAGCUGCUGUGGUCAGCAAGGGCACGGAGAGCAGCCGCAGCAGCGAAGAGAGCUCUUCGGACUCAGGCAGCUCGGAUUCUGAGGAGGAGCGGGCCACGAGGCUGGCGGAACUGCAGGAGCAGCUGAAGGCUGUGCAUGAGCAGCUGGCCGCCCUGUCUCAGGCCCCAGUGAACAAGCCAAAGAGGAAGAAGGAGAAGAAAGAGAAGGAUAAGAAGAAGAAGGACAAGGACAGGGACAGGGACAAGGAGAGGCACAAGGCGAAGUCUGAGGAAGAGAAGAAGGCCAAGGCGGCCCCGCCCGCCAAGCAGGCCCAGCAGAAGAAGGCCCCCGCCCGGAAGGCCAGCAGCACAACUGCAGCCAGCAGACAGCCGAAGAAGACUGGCAAGCAGGCGUCGGCCUCCUACGACUCGGAGGACGAGGAGGAAGGCCUGCCUAUGAGCUACGACGAGAAGCGCCAGCUCAGCCUGGACAUCAACCGUCUGCCCGGGGAGAAGCUGGGCCGCGUGGUGCAUAUCAUCCAGUCCCGGGAGCCCUCACUCCGGGACUCCAACCCCGACGAGAUAGAGAUUGACUUUGAGACUCUGAAACCCACCACUUUGCGGGAACUAGAGAGAUAUGUCAAGUCUUGUUUACAGAAAAAGCAAAGGAAGCCAUUCUCCUCAGCCUGGUGUUGUUCCUCAGCAACCAGCGGGAAGAGGCAGGCGGCCAAAUCGAAGGAGGAGUUAGCUCAGGAGAAGAAGAAGGAGUUAGAGAAGCGGCUGCAGGACGUCAGUGGGCAGCUGAACAACAAGAAGCCAGCCAAGAAAGGAUGGGGGUGCCCAGCUGGCAGCCAGAGUCCUCCGUCCUGGCAGUCACUCAGCAGAGAGGUCGGGCUCGGCGCCCGCGGGAGGGCCGUCGCGGCUCAGCAGCAGCAGCUCCUCCGAGUCCGGCAGCAGCAGCUCCAGCGGAUCCAGCUCCGACAGCAGCGACUCCGAGUGAACCCCGCACUCAGAGCAGAGCGGCCAGCGAGCGUCCCCGCCGAGCCCUGCCGAGUCCCCCUCGUUAAUACACGACUUCGUUCCAUGGCGUGCGGGCUUUCUUUUUAAUUCAGUGUUAUGGUAUCUUCCAGUUUUUGCUUUAAUAGGUCAAAGAUCUUUUUUGUGUGUCCAUUAGACUUUAUGAGAAGGUGUGAAUCUUCAAAGUCUUUUUUGGUAACUGAGUUCAAUCGCUUGGAGAUGAUAAUUUCAAAUGCUGACCUGAUAACCGUAGAAAAAUGUCUAAAAUAGGACCUGAAGGUUCUUGCAAAAUUCCUCUUCUGAUGCCCCACCUGGUCUAUAGCUCCAGAGAGUCUUUUCAGAGGAAAUUUCUCUAAAAUGGUACUGUAUUUGGAAGCUGUUAGCUUUGCAAGCAGGAGUUGUUCUGUCACUGGGGCCCUGAGCUCUGACCCUGGCGGCAGCGGCGGAGUCAGCCCCCCUCCUGCAGCACACAGGACAGACGUGCCUGGGAGAGCCGGGGCAGGGCCUGCGCGACGGCCCAGGCGGCUGUGCCUGGCGGUGGGGUGGCCGGCGGGGGCGUGUGGAAUGGGGGGCACGUGGGCAGUUCUGAUCUCCCUGGUGUCAGGAGCCCCUGGGAGGGGACACGGCGGCUGCGUGUGCAACUUGGUUUCCAUACACUGAAACUUUUACCUCAACUUAGAAAAAAAAGAUAAAAAAAAAAUAGACACUUUUUUGUAAGGUUCAGCAAUUUUCUACAGAAGUCCAGCCCAAUGUGUGUCCCCGACUUGUUCGCACUGCCGCACACUCUGGAACCAUUUCCCGAUUUCAUGUAUAUAUGAAAACUUUAUUUAUUAACAUCAUUGGUCAUUUUUUUAAAAAAAGAAAAACAAAACUGCAGGAGAAAUGCAUUAAAAAAAAAUAACAGAAAUGCAGGCUUUUCAGUGGUUUGAAGGGGAGCCCCAGACCUGCCCAGACAAGGGCCUCUCCCCCGGGUGCUAGCUUCCUGUCACCUGCGCCGGUGCUCAACCUUGUCUGCGUGCCCACCCUUCUCUGGGUUCCUUGGGGUUUUUGUUCUCUUUUGUGUACGAACAGGUGUGGACUGCACAUCCUAAUUUUUUAUUUUGUUUGUUUAGUCUUUUGUAUUCACUUCUGGUCUCUUUAGGACUAUUUUAAAAGAAAUCAAUUUAGGGAACCCCAGUUAUAUAAUAUAAACUUUGUAAUCUGAGAGAAAAAAUGUAUAGUAAAUCUAAGUCUUGAUUUUUAACUUUCUAUUGUAAAAAAUAAUAAUAAUAAUAAUAUACAGAGUUUAACUGAAGGUUCUGUUUUGGUUUUGUUUUUUUCCAGAGGCUGCCAUAUGGCCUUUUGGGUGCAGGGUGCCCCACGCUGCCUGCCCAGGCUCUGAGCACUGUGGCUGUGGCCUAGAAUGCGAGGGCUCAGCCUUCCAGGCCCCCACGGGGGGCGCCCCUCACCUCCGUGCCUCCGGGAGCUGCGGCCGCACAGCCGUGCAGUCUUCCAGCCGGCCGGAGGGCUCCCCCUGGCCUGGUUCCUCCCUCUAGGGCCAAGAAAGCCUCUGGCCCCAGGAGGGCUCCUCCCUGAAGACUCCACAGGGCUCCCUGCUCAAGCAUUUUCCGGGUAGCACAGAAAUGACCAAAACAGGGCAUUGUCCCAGGCCUCCCUGUGAGGCCUUCAGUGAGGUGGGUGCUGGAGGUGGAGCCGGGGUGGCUGCCUUUUGCCGGGUGGGGGGUUCCUGUGCCAGCACUGCUGGAUGGGCAGUGGGACUAGUUGUCAGUUUCCUAAUCGGUAGCAACUGUAAGAAAUCAUAAAACUGAUUGUGAUCCCACCAACCCUUAUAGUUAUGGCUACCCUUGAUGGAUACAGAAUUCUGGUGAGGCAGUGCUGGCGGAUUACCAUUUUUCUUACUGCUGGUGAUUCUGACACUUGGUGAGUUUUGAGCCAGUUUGUUAAACUUUUAAUUAAGUUUUGUUUAUAAUAAAAAUAUCUGUGGAUUUUAAACUUGCCAUUUUUUAAAGGUACCCUUGGUUUUCAAAGGUGUUUUCUAAACAGAUCUUUAAUGAAGUGUUUAAAUUAUGACUUUAAGGAAUUAAUACAUUACAGAAUCAACAGGUCUUAGAGCAGGAUCACAUUGGCAAGUCCAGCCGUGCACAUCUGGGAGAGAAACACCCAAGUCGCGGGUGCCUGGAGGUGCGUGUGGGCGUGCAUGGAACACCUCUCCAGCUGUGAGACAGGGAAGGCUUACCUGUGUGAGCUGCUCUGGGUGGGGGCAGGGGACAUCUGGCCCUGGAGUCUAGCAGGCGGGAGCGUUUCAGAGCUUGUCACGACUCACUGGCUCUCUGUGACAUGUGGAUUCUCAAACCAGCUUUGCUCUGUUCACCCAGGAAGGAUCGGUCACUGGUCUGGCAGCUCGCCGAGGGCUGCCGUCCAUACUGAGCAGGGUUCCUGGGUGCUGCGGCUUCUCAGGCUUUCUGUCCAGACUUCAGAGCUGGUUUCAGAGUUCUGAGGGAACCUCCUCAGCCCCCUCGAGGUCAGCCUGCAGGGUUUGCCAUUUCCAUUUCUCUGUCCCGGGAGGACCGCAGUUGGACAGGCAGAGUUGGUGCAGUGCCGAGAACUGUAGGGCAACCUUUCGGGUGCUUUUUUCAAGGGGAAAGGAACAGUGUGUUAAGCAGGUUGGUCAGUUAAGUGGGUGUGAGCCCCUGAGGCUGAGGGGGCAGGCUUCGGGUGCUCACUGAAUUCCAGAGACCCUCGCUCAUGCUGUGUGGUGUCAUCUUGCUUACAAACUGUUAAGAUGCGUUUUCUUUUUCUUUUUGUUCUUUUGCAACAUUCACGUCUUUUACAGUCAUUUGGGAAAAACACCACCCAUGAUAAAGGAUUUGUUAUAUCCAGUGUAGCGCUGUUCCUUAAUACUGGCAUAACACUUUCAGGAAGUUUUCUUUUUUAUAUUUAAAAUGUUACUUUUCUGUAUGAUGUGCAUGCAAGUUUACCGUAACUUUUCUUAAACUUUUUAGUGCCGUUUCUAGUAUAUUCCUGUAAAUGUCAGUUACUGAAAAUGAGUCCAAUGUAAGUAGUUUUAGCUUGUUUAUUGCAAUGCUGGCCUCAACACAACAGAAUAAAAAUGGUAGAAAGUACUCUUUGAUGUUUCUGGUAAUCAUGGACCCUUCUCCUGGGCAUUUGUUUUGUUUUCAUAAUAAAAGGAAAAACCCAACCAAA